UCUAACAUUGUACUGGGACACACUAAUCUAUGUCUUGUUGAGUUCUAGUAUAUGUCUAAACAUUUCUCCUCCUUUUGCACAAAUGGCAAUGAAGGCUGCAAGAUUUCUGCAUUUCUGUUUUCUCUGGCUUCUAGUCUCCACUAUGUUGCUGAGAUCUGCAGAUUGCCAUACCUGGAAGAAGAAACUUCCAAAGCCAUGUAGGAAUCUGGUAUUGUUCUUUCAUGAUAUCCUUUACAAUGGAUCCAACAAACACAAUGCAACAUCUGCAAUUGUGGGAGCACCUAAAGGAGCUAAUCUCACUAUUUUGACUAGCAACCACCAUUUUGGAGAUCUUGUUGUGUUUGAUGAUCCUAUUACUCUUGACAACAAUCUUCACUCUCCUCCUGUGGGGAGAGCUCAGGGCUUUUACUUCUAUGACAUGAAGAAUACAUUCAGUUCUUGGGUUGGCUUCACCUUUGUGCUGAAUUCAACACAUUAUAAGGGCACCAUCACCUUCAAUGGAGCAGACCCGAUUCUUGUCAAACACAGAGAUAUAUCUGUUGUGGGUGGUACUGGGGACUUUUUAAUGGCCAGAGGAAUUGCUACUCUCAGCACCGAUGCAUUCGAGGGAGAUGUUUAUUUUCGUUUAAGGGUGAAUAUCACUCUCUAUGAGUGUUACUGAUUCAUAUUUGUUCUCCUCUUCUAGUCUGUAAUCUGCAAGAAUGGACAUUCAAUAAACUUUAUAGCAGCAUAUAGAAAUAGGUGCAGAAAGAUAAGAGCUAAGAAUUGAGAUUAUUUCAAUCUCAUCUCUUAUUCUGCAUCAAUUUUGUAUGCUCAUUUGUUUAAUAAAACUUGACCACCUUCGUCA